CUACGGGCUUUCCGGUGGACCCAAGUGAUGAUAUUUGCCAUUGAAGAAAUUAACAAAGAUCCUGCUUUUCUUCCCAACGUGUCUCUUGGUUACAGAAUCCUUGACUCCUGUGCGUCGCCAACAAAUGCUUUGCGCACAGCAUUAACACUCGCUGGUGGAUUACAAGGGAUGGGAUCUCCUUGUCCUCCAGCUAUAUCUGCUCUCAUUGCUGAGUCUGGAUCAUCCCAGUCCGUGGUUGUAGCAGGAGCUCUCGGACCAUUUCAACUACCAAUUAUAAGUUAUUUCUCAACAUGUGCCUGCCUGAGUAACAGGGCUAAAUUUCCAACCUUUUUCCGGACGAUUCCCAGUGACUACUUCCAGGCCAAAGCUUUGGCAGCUCUGGUUAAACACUUUGGCUGGAAGUGGAUUGGAGCUAUACAGUCAGACAACGAUUAUGGUCGAAAUGGGAUGCAGGCUUUCACCGAAGAGGUUCAAAAAAUUGGGGUUUGUGUUGCCUUUGUGGGGACAGUCCUGCGUACAUACUCUAUGAGUAAAAUUCUAGAUGUGGUGGAAAUGAUCAAACAGUCCUCUGUCAAAGUCAUCCUGGCUUUUGUCCCUGAGGGAGAUUUUUACCCUUUAAUGAAAGAGGUAUCGAGGCAGAACAUAACAGGGAUUCAGUGGAUCGCAAGUGAAGCUUGGAUAACAGCAGCUCGACCUUCAACACCUGAAAUGUUCCCUGCUUUUGGUGGCACUCUGGGAUUUGUUGUGCAAAAGAUGGCCAUACCUGAUCUACAGCCAUUUCUCAGAAAGAUUAAUCCCUAUACAGACCCAAAUGCAGCCUUUGUGAAGGAUUUCUGGGAGGCCAUGUUCGGCUGCAGACCAGUCUCAACUGGGAUUUACAGAGACUCUAGUGAAAUAAAUAAAAUAUGCCAAGGCAAUGAGACAUUAAUGAACUCUCAGGAUGUUUUUUUCAAAGUCACAGAACUUAGAGUGUCUUAUAAUGUGUAUAAAGCUGUGUAUGCCAUUGCACAUGCUCUUCAUGAGCUUGUAUUCUGUCAAUCAGUUGACAGAAAAUCUGCAAGGCCCUGCAUGAACGUGUCAGAAAUACAUCCUAAAGAGGUUACUGAAUAUGUAAAGCGUGUGAAUUUCAGUAAUCGGUUUGGGGACAAUGUUUUCUUUGAUGAAGAUGGUGACCCUCCUGCCUCUUAUGACAUUAUUAACUGGCAGCUUGACAAUGGCAAAGUGCAGCAUGUGACUGUGGGACAGUUCAUAUCGACUCAAAGUGGAAAUUAUAAGCUUCAGAUUGAUGAAGAAAAGAUCAUUUGGAUGACAGGGCAGAUGGUUCCUAAAUCGGUGUGCUCUGACGUUUGUCCAACUGGAACUUGGAAAGCUUCAAUUAGGGGGAAAGCCACGUGCUGUUUUGACUGCAUUCCAUGUGCUGAUGGAACUAUAUCCAACUCAACAGGUGCUGCAGAUUGUGAACCCUGUCCACAGGAAUACUGGUCCAAUGAGAGAAAAGACGAGUGCAUACCAAAGAAAAAGGAGUUUCUGACGUAUUCCGAACCUAUGGGAAUCAUUCUUACAGUUUUAUCCCUGCUGGGAGCCUCUCUUUCUCUGAUCACAAUGGUGGUUUUUAUCCACUUCAAGGAAACACCUGUAGUUAAAGCCAGCAACUCAGAGCUCAGCUGCUUUUUGUUGUUUUCCCUUUUUCUGUGUUUUAUCUGCCCUUUAACAUUCAUCGGCAGGCCAACACUGUGGACAUGCAUGCUGCGCCACACUGCCUUUGGCAUAACAUUUGCACUCUGCAUUUCCUGUGUCCUGGGAAAAACUACUGUUGUUGUUACAGCUUUCAAAGCCAGGCAUCCUGGUAAUAAAGCUGCAAGGAAAUUUGGUCCGGUACAGCAAAGGAUCAUUGUGUGCUCCUGCACGGUGAUUCAAGUAGUAAUAUGUAUUUUGUGGUUGAGCCUGAGCCCACCUUUCCCUGAAAAGGUUUUCAGAUACAGUAACAAGAAGAUAAUUUUAGAAUGCAACACUGGCUCAGAGGCAGCAUUUUAUGUAGUCCUGGGAUACAUAGGAGUCCUAGCUGUGAUAUGUUUAGUCUUUGCAUUCCUUGCAAGAAAACUGCCCGAUAACUUUAAUGAAGCAAAAUGUAUCACCUUCAGCAUGCUGAUAUUCUGUGCCGUUUGGAUCACCUUCAUCCCUGCAUAUGUCAGCUCCCCUGGAAAGUUUACUGUGGCUGUGGAAAUAUUUGCCAUUCUCUCAUCAACAUUUGGUUUGUUAAUUUGCAUCUUUGCACCUAAAUGUUACAUAAUACUGAUUAAGCCAGAGAAAAAUACCAAGUCACAUGUAUUAGGACCUAUUUUGAACAAGUAUGGACACCGCAAAAAUUCUGUAGAUUUUAGGUAA